CGCCCGCAUGCGGGGGCAGGGCGAGGGCCGCGCGCCCCCCCCGGACCCCCGGGCCGAAGCCCAUCGACAGCUCGGGGGGGCCGGCGCUGGCCCUAUGCCCUCGGGGGGCGCCCUGAGCGCCCGGGGGCUCCCCCCAGGCCCCGCCCGGGAGCACCUGGAGAAGGCUCUGCUGGGCCAGGAGGCCGAGAGGAGGAAGAAGCUGCGCUUCCACCCGCGGCAGCUUUACCUGAGCGUCAAGCAGGGGGAGCUGGGCAGGGUCAUCCUGAUGCUCUUGGACAACCUGGACCCCAAUUUCCAGAGCGACGCUCAGAGCAAGCGCUCGGCGCUGCACGCGGCCGCGCAGAAGGGACACCUGGAGAUUUGUCACCUCCUGCUGCAGGCCGGAGCCAACAUCAACGCCGUGGACAAGCAGCGCCGGACGCCGCUGAUGGAGGCCGUGGCCAACGACCAGCUGGAGACGGCGCGGUACCUGCUGCAGAGGGGGGGGUGCGCCUACAGCCAGGAGGAGGACGGCUCCACCUGCCUGCACCACGCGGCCAAAAACGGCAACCUGGAGAUGGUGGAGCUGCUGCUGAGCACCGGCCAGGUGGACGUCAACGCGCAGGACAGCGGGGGCUGGACGCCCAUCAUCUGGGCGGCCGAGCACAAACACAUCGAGGUCAUCCGGCGGCUGCUGACCCGCGGGGCCGACGUCACGCUGACCGACAACGAGGAGAACAUCUGCCUGCACUGGGCGUCGUUCACGGGCAGCGCCGAGAUCGCCGAGGUGCUGCUGAACGCGCAGUGCGACCUGCACGCCGUCAACUUCCACGGGGACACGCCGCUGCACAUCGCCGCCAGGGAGAGCUACCACGACUGCGUCAGCCUGUUCCUGUCGCGCGGGGCCGACCCCGAGGUGCGGAACAAGGAGGGCGACUCCCCCCUGGACCUGACCCCGGAGCGCUCCGAGGUCUGGGUGGCGCUGCAGCUCAACCGGAAACUGCGCCUGGGGGCGGCGGGCCGGGCGCUGCACACCGAGCGCAUCGUCAGCAGGGACGUGGCCAGGGGCCACGAGAACGUCCCCAUCCCCUGCGUCAACGGCGUGGACGAGGAGCCCUGUCCCCAGGACUACAAAUACAUCGCGGAGAACUGCGAGACCUCCACCAUGAACAUCGACCACAACAUCACCCACCUGCAGCACUGCACCUGCCAGGACGAUUGCUCCUCCUCCAACUGCCUCUGUGGGCAGCUCAGCAUCCGCUGCUGGUACGACAAGGACGGGCGGCUGCUGCAGGAGUUCAAUAAAAUCGAGCCCCCCCUGAUCUUCGAGUGCAACCAGGCGUGCACCUGCUGGAGGAGCUGCAAGAACCGCGUGGUGCAGAGCGGCAUCAAGGUCCGGCUCCAGCUGUACCGAACGGCCAAGAUGGGCUGGGGGGUUCGGGCGCUGCAGGCGAUUCCCCCCGGCACCUUCAUCUGCGAGUACGUGGGGGAGCUGAUCUCGGACGCCGAGGCCGACGUGAGGGAGGACGACUCCUACCUGUUCGACCUGGACAACAAGGACGGCGAGGUUUACUGCAUCGACGCCCGUUACUAUGGCAACGUCAGCCGCUUCAUCAACCACCUGUGCGACCCCAACAUCAUCCCCGUGCGCGUGUUCAUGCUGCACCAGGACCUGCGCUUCCCCCGCAUCGCCUUCUUCAGCAGCCGCCACAUCCGGCCCGGCGAGGAGCUGGGGUUUGACUACGGGGAUCGGUUUUGGGACAUCAAGAGCAAAUACUUCCCGUGCCAGUUGCCUCCGAAAUGCAAACACUGCCGGCGGGACGCCCAAAAUUCACUCGGGACCCCUAAAAUUGACCUGGCAACCCCAAAAAUCGCCUCGGGACGCCCGAAAAUCCACUCGGUUUUACGGCAGUCGCGCUUUACGGCCCUUUCACGACGUUUGACGUAA